UUUAUGAGUUUGUAUUUGCGCUCUGUUUAUACAUGAGGAAGACCAUGUUAUCAUGAUCAUGGUAAUAACGUUUUGUUGCUGCUGCUGCUGCUGCUGCUGCUAAAAUAACGCACUCCCGCCUCCUGCGUUUGUGUCAAGGAAAAACAAUUCAGAAGCUGGAAGCCGCUCAAGAGAAAAGGAGGGGAGAGAGAGCUGAGGUUCUUGCGUGUGUGUGUGUUUUUAUUUCAACCAGCCAACCCAGCCCUCCUGAACGGAAUUCGCCCGUCCAAAAGAAAAAAAGGAGUAGAUUGUGACAAGCUCCUGGCUCCCUCCUUGGCGCGCUCAUUCGCAGCUUUGGCUGCCUGGCUGUGCCCGGUCCUUCUCGCUCGUUCUUCUUCUCCUCCUGUGCUCUAAGGUGCCUCUUGAAGCCCUCAGGAACGGGCUGGCAGCUGCAGUUCCCAUGGAGUAGACUCGGUCCUCAAGAAGAGCAGCUUUGCAAGGGCCUGACAGGCUCUCCUGCACCCCCUGGUCAACCCUGAGGGGCUUCCACCUACCCCUACCCCCCAAAAAAAUCCCACACAACGCUCUUCUCUCCACCACCAUCACCACCCUCACCCCAAGCUGUCCUCAAAAUCUUGACCACCCUGACCAAGAAUGAAUCUCUGAAAGGAUGAAGAAAGGGCAGCAGCCUUUCUGACAACAAUGAAACGAAGUGAAAUUGGGGAGAAUGCUGAAGCUCUUUGUAAUAUUUUUGAGCUGCCUGUCAUCACAGCAUGGAUCCACACAUAGGGUACCAUAGGAAUUUUAAAUCGGGAAUUGCAAUCAACAAAAAUGAGACCACAGACAGAAGAGCAAAUUAAAGCAAUAACAUCAAUAGAAACAAUAAUGGGUCAAAAACCUAUCCCAGGAAGGUGCCAGCACACCGGUGGAGAAAUAUCUGCACCCAUGCCCAGAAUGGGAAAAGAGCCUGCUCGUCAUCUGGAUUGAUAGACAGACUGACAGGCAUUGGCCACUGAGCUGCUUUGAAGGACAAUGACUCUAUGAUCUCAGUCUCCUGGCUUUUAGCAGAUCUUCAGAAGGAGCAAAGACAUGCUGCAAAACUGGACUUAGGGUUUCUGCGAAACAUUUGCACUUGGUCUAGCCGCACCAAGACUCCAGAGGGACUCCCAACAAAGCCACGAUGCUCCAUGAAGUAACCCUGUGGCUGUUGCUGAUGGUUGCCAUAUCCACAGUGACCGGAGGGGGAACUGGAGGUGGUUAUGGGCAGAUCAAAUACAUGCAGCCUGUGGUGAAAGGACCUCUCGGCCCUCCAUAUCGGGAAGGCAAAGGGCAGUACAUAGAUAUGCCACCACUGCUGCCGAUGGACCUCAAAGGGGAACCUGGACCUCCCGGAAAGCCUGGCCCAAGAGGACCUCCUGGCCCACCUGGCUACCCUGGCAAACCAGGCACUGGCAAACCAGGACUUCAUGGCCAACCAGGCCCUGCAGGCCCACCUGGCUUUUCUGGCAUUGGCAAACCAGGCAUCCCAGGGCUUCCUGGCAAAGCAGGUAUGAAAGGGAUGCCCGGAACAACAGGUGAGCCUGGCAUGAGAGGAGACCAAGGGCCAAGAGGCUUGCCAGGCCCACCAGGGCUGCCUGGACCAGCUGGCAUCUCUGUUAAUGGAAAACCAGGCCAAACAGGUAGCCCGGGUCUACCAGGAUUCCGGGGAGAACCUGGUACCAAAGGAGAGCCUGGCCCCCGUGGUGAGCGUGGCAUGAAGGGUGAAAAUGGAGUUGGAAAGCCUGGAUUGUCAGGACCACAAGGGAAUGGAGGUCUCCCAGGCCCUGCAGGGCCUCCCGGGCCUCAGGGCAUUGGGAAACCUGGACUUGAUGGAUUGCCUGGUGCUCCAGGUGGCAAAGGUGACUCAGGGCUUCCAGGUGAGCCAGGGCUUAGUGGGUCACCUGGGCCUAUGGGCCCACGUGGCCCCCCAGGUGUGGGUGGAAUUGGUGUGCCAGGUAUAGCUGGUGCGCCCGGCCUGCUAGGACCGAUGGGCCCUAAGGGGGAGCCUGGUCACCGUGGCCUUCCUGGCAUGCCUGGGCCUACAGGAUAUGGAAAGCCAGGUCUGCCUGGCUUAAAAGGAGACCGUGGGCAACCAGGCGUACCAGGAGUCAUUGGAGACAAAGGGGAGCCAGGAAUGGAUGGAGAGCCAGGUGAGAUGGGGCCCCCGGGUAUUAUUGGGCCCCCAGGGGCCCCUGGCUCUAUGGGUUUGCCAGGUAAACAUGGGAUUCCAGGCCCUAAAGGUGAAGCUGGACCAAGCGGGCCUGGAGGACUACCAGGUAUGCGUGGAGACCAAGGACCUAGUGGUUUUGUGGGGAAGCCAGGGAUUCCUGGGGAGAGAGGAUUGCCUGGCACACAAGGAAUGCCUGGCCCAAUGGGCCCCAAGGGGGGAGGCGGUUUUGCCGGUCUUCCUGGGGUACCAGGACUUACAGGGCCCAUGGGUUCAAAGGGGGACUCAGGUAUUCCAGGGCAACCAGGCCUAAGAGGCCCAUCAGGGAUACCAGGUUUGCAAGGCCCUUCUGGUCCAAUGGGGCCUCAAGGUUUACCAGGCCUGAAAGGAGAACCUGGCUUCCCAGGCCCACCAGGAGCUGGCAAAGUAGGGGAGCCGGGUAUUGUAGGCCCUUUUGGGCAUCCGGGGGUUCCAGGCAAUCCUGGAUUAAAUGGGCUCCCAGGACCACCAGGGCCUCCGGGACCACCAGGAGCACCGGGGAUAUUUGACGAGACGGGGAUUGCUGGCGCCCAUUUGCCAGACGGGGGCGUAGAGGGUGCAGUGCUAGGAAAUGGCAAGCCUGGGAAGUCACAAUUUGGCCUAGGGGAGCUAUCUGCCCAUAUGGUACCUGCCUUCACCGCCAUCUUGACUUCGCCCUUCCCAGCCUCAGGAAUGCCAGUAAAAUUCGACAGGACUUUGUACAAUGGACACAAUGGCUAUAACCCAGUGACAGGGAUCUUUACUGCUCCCAUCUCUGGCAUCUAUUACUUUGCUUAUCACGUCCACGUCAAAGGAACUAAUGUCUGGGUGGCACUUUAUAAAAACAACGUGCCUGCCACCUAUACCUACGAUGAAUACAAAAAGGGCUACUUGGACCAAGCUUCCGGUAGCGCAGUGCUUGAACUCAAAGGGAACGACCAGGUCUGGAUCCAAAUGCCAUCGGAUCAAGCCAACGGUUUGUACUCCACUGAAUACAUCCACUCUUCUUUUUCUGGAUUCCUUCUCUGCCCCACAUAACAGCUGUUGGGCAUACCUCUUUUAAAUCCACUUUAGCCAUAAACUUGUCUUUUUUAAAAAAAUACAAAAAUACAAAAAGUCACUGGGAAGAUGGUGCAAACUGAUGGUGUGCGGAACCGUUUUGACAAAAUUGAGAAGAUAAUUUGGGAGAGAGAACUUUACUGUUUUCAGUUCCAUCUUUGUAUUCGGAAUUUAGUUGACACUAGUGACUGCACAUCAAACGUGGAUGCUAACUUGAGGAUUAGCUGCCAGUCAACUCUCUUAGGACACACAGAAGGCAUAGAAUAGUAGAGGGGCCUAUAAGGCCAACAAGUCCAACCCCCUGCUCAAUGUAGAAAUCCAAAUCAAAGCAUUCCCGACAGAUGGCUGUCCAGGUGCCUCUUGAAUGCCUCCAGUGCCAGCAUGUGAUAGAUGGCAGUGCUUGGGGAGCUGCAGCCUAUAUCAGCUUAAGGCACCUUCCAAAAUUUAAUGUUUGUUCAUGUUGCAGCUUCCUGUUCUAAAAAUGUGAUUUGAGUCAGUCAAAUUGGGAUAUGAUGAAGACCCAAAAAGGGUAAAUUGUCAAACUGUGGAAUGAUUUGCAUAAGCACCUUUUACACAAUGCUCAAUGCAUCUUUAAAGCAUCCCAUCAGAGGUAUAUGGAAAAAGGGAUGGCAAGAAAAAGAUAUUCUAAAGCCAGAGACUUUUAUCAUCCUCUGCAAAAACAGGACUCCUUAAAAUUCACGUGUUUGUAGCUCAUCAACAAAUAAAGUAACUAAAGGUCCAUCAUGUGUAGUCAACAGCCUAAGAAUAGUUCUAUGAAGGCUGUCUUCUGACAAUCCCACUGUAAAGACACUGUAGAUAUAGUUUCAGUUGCUACUAGCUUGAGUAAGAUUGAAUUGUGUUAUCUUCAAAAUGCCAGUUAAUAAAUGAUUUUCUUCAGGAUGUGUAAACUUUUUUUUUAUUGAGGGUGGUGGAAAUACCCAACCACCAUAGAAAUGUUGAUUUUUUAAAAGUAGAUUUCAUCGUAACUUUCCAUUCAAUCAUUUCUACUAUGGUGCUACUAGCUACUUAAUGAUAUUCAAUAUAGUGCAAUAUCUAUCAAAAAAAGGUGCAAAGUGUUAUGUGCAAAGGUUUCUGUGAUUUAGGAAAAUAAUUUCAAUGUUGUUUUUUUACCACUUUUUAUCUCAAUAAUGCUUGAAAUGUCACCUGCCUUACAAGAUUAUUCACAGCUUUUGAAAUGACUGUGAUCAUGUGAAUACCAUGGCUGACUAGGAACAAUCAAAGCCUUUUGGGUCUGUCUUUUGGGUCUGUACAGUCAUUUCACAAGUGGCAACACAUAUCCUUAAUUUGCUAAAGAGAGAACUGUCUCAUCUGGGAGAAAUAAUAUGCUGUUGUAGUGAUACCACGUAAAAGCAAGCAAGAGCCUCUUGCUAUAUAAACCUGUUAUGAAGAAAACAGAUGGAACUGAUCCAGUCCAUGGUUCAGAGACUGUUCUUUUCGAGUGCCCAGGAUGCCAACACUUUGGCCAAAGAGGCUCAGUACAAUUCCCCAGGUUUAAUGUAGAUAGAUAUAUUUAAACAUUAAAACAAUAAACAUUAAGUUUGUGAACAAGUAUUCUAGGGUGAAAUAAGAAGGGGGGAAACACAUUUCUGGAUUGUAAAAAUAACUAACCCUGAUAGAAAGAUACUGGAGCAUUGAAACUUGGGCCACCUGCUAUUCCAGCUUUGCUACCAUCCGCCUCUUUUCUUCCAUCUUUUAACUUAAACUUGUUUGUCUGAUUUAGACACAACAAAAAGAAUAGGCCCAAUAUUUCUGAUUCCAUCUGAUGUUUUCUAAAUUCCUGGAGAUGAGGAGAAUGCCAAAAGCACACUCCACUUGCAACAACGUCUUUGGUUUCACAUUGGGUCACCACAGGCUAAAACUGAAGAAGCCAACUGCACACAUUUUCCACGUGCUUAAUAUUGGAAGAAGAUUUCUAGGAGACUUGUGCUCUAGAUUUAAGUGUAUUUUCCUGUGAAGAAGAGCAUCAAGCUUCCAUGUUUAACAUAGAUCUAAGAAAAUGUGUUACUAUUUAACAAAAGCCAGAUUGGCAGAGAUGGAAAAAGUGGUAGAUAAGUACACUAAUGGCAGUAGAGACUUGCAUAAAUCUAAGGUUUGCUCCAGGUUUCGUUGUACACAAUUUAUUUAUACUGUGUUCGAACACAGAUAUAACCUUUUUUCCUUCCUCCUUUGCAGAUUUGCAUUCUGGCACAAACACAGUGACAAAAUGCACAUUUAUCUCCAAACUUGGGAGUAUUAAAUCAUUCCAUUUCACCGGUGCUGUUCUGCAGCUUCACUACUCUCUCGUCUCAUUUAUUCAACUUUUUAAACUUCUUAACGUUGCACAUUGUACAGGUGCUGUUAACACAAGAGAAAAUGAAGUGUGGGCUGAUUGGCAAGUCAUGGGUUGGCUUUUUUUUUUAAUGUGUUCAGUACCUGAUAUUUAUCUAUGACAAAGUUUGUUUUUUUGUCGGAGAGAUUUGGGCGUCAGCAGAAAGAUCAGGUUUGGAAACUUUGAACUAUGCAUUACAAUGUUCAUUUUAAUGUACCAAUUCUCUUUUUUUAAAAAGAAAAGAAGUUUGUCUUUAGUAUCCAUUGCUAACUUAGUAUAUAGAGGGUUUUUAGUUUUGUAAAUACUUAUGUUACAUGCACUGUUUCAUAGCAAAUUUGGUUUUAAAAUGCACUCUUGUUUUGUGAUCAAAAACUGGCGUUCACUUUUGAACUGAAACUACAGUACUUGAUUGUA